UCCUUGCGUAUAAGUGGAGAAUACCUUCAUUGAAAGGAAAACGAACAAUACAUUUCUACGCAGGAAUAUAGUGAGCGUGGAAUCUCUUUCGUCAGUACCUAUGUACCUAUCCUAUCCAAUGCGAUUUUAUGUUACGGAAUUCUCUCACAAUUUCUCUAUGAUUUUUUUUUUGUGUGUGAAUAUUACUUGGAAUUUUUCAUUCAUUUUCUCAUUUUUCCUUCUACUUUUUGUACAUUACGUCAUUUGUUCUAAUGUUAUGUCUGCAUUCUAAUGCAGACAACUGCGAUUCUCCCAUAAAACGUCAACGCUGUAACUGAUAUUUUUCCGUACAGUGAAAAUUUUCCCUUCGCAUUGUAACGUUUUGUUGUUGUCCGCUUCGAUGUGCCUAACAAUUACGGUAUAACAUUUCUAAUUGAUCGAAUAGCCGUUCGUAAAUAGUGAACCGAUAUUGGAUUAUAAUUUGUUUGCACUGCGGGCGAGACAGUGACAAUUUAUAGUGUUUAGUGUUUCGCAUCGUUCCGUCGUGUCUGUUUAGGAAAAAAUGCAUUGUACCUCACCUGGAAGUGAACCGAAUCGUUUACAUGAUUUGGUUAAUGCAAGUGUUGUGCGAAAUAGUGUUGAAAAUGGUUUAAUCAAAGAUGAACUGAAGUUUAAUCGGACGGAUAGUGUUGUCUCGGAUGAAUUGGAAAAGCAAAUUUAUGAUGACCCGUGUGAACUUAUGGAUGACUGGACGUCUCCAAUGCAUAUACCGCGUAGCCGAAGUUGGCUGUGCUGUCCCGACACAAUGUCUGGUGAAGAACAGCCGGAAUUUCAGCGGCGAAACAAUUUUUUAGACUAUCAACUGAUUACGACCGAACCGAAAUUACGACUUUCCACCGAAACAAUUGACCUUCAAGUGGCGGCGCUAUCAGCACUGAAAACUGAAGUCCUAGAAUUAUCGGCUCGAUUACAACAUUCAGAACGGGAACGUGAAAUGAUGCAACGGAAACUCAACGAGGCUAACGAUGAAAAGGAACGCUCCCAAAGACGAUUGGAAUCGGUUGGAGCUGCUAAUGAAAGUCGCAUAACAGAAAUGCAUUGCAUCAUUGUCGAGUUGAAUAAAAAAUUAAAAUCGAAAAAUGAAAACGCCAUAAUCGAGGAACAUGAACCGGACGGAAGCGUUUCUGAGUUAAGUUUCCAAGACGGUUCGGUCUAUAAUUCCGAAAUGGAAUGCACAAAUCUAGAACAAGAAUCUCAGACUGAGCCCUUGGACACAAAACUGGUUCAACCCACCCUACGCUCAGACAGUCCUUGCUCAUUACCUCCACCUGCAACGUCCUCUCAACUUCAAGUUCAAGCAAUGCAUGAAGAAAUACUUCAUUUGCGUGGUCAAGUUGCCCUUCUUCAAUCUCAAUUGGCCUCGGACAGAGAUAAGCUAGAUGACGAUCACAACGAAAUUCUGAACACAGGCCAUGAUCAGCUCCCGUUGUCACCGCGCGAAAGAUCCAACUAUACAAGCGACGAUCUGUGCGAAACAGCUGAAAUUUUUGAAGUUCCUCUCACAACCGAUCAAGAGUUCAUAAAGCAAUCAACAGCCAAGUACACAAAAACUAAUAAGGUAACGCUUCCAUCAUCCCGUGGAGUUUCGCCGGUGGUUCAACUAUUCGGAAGUAUUAAUUCCCUGAAUAAGCCACAACUGAAAAGCCUUUCAGCUGAGACGCCAGUUUCGAAAAUGGCAGAGAGAGUACGUCUUCGUCGGACCAUAGAAGAACACCACAUCACCGGAACAGAUAUCAUGAAUAGUGGGAUCUGUACCACUGAAAUAGCUGAACAUCUUGUGUCAGACUUGCUUCAAUCGGAUAUAAAUACCAAUGAAGAUUCGCCACAACUGCAAAAUGAGGUGCAACGAUUACAUCGUCGCAUUGAACAUCUACGUAUUCAAAAUUCUGUACUGUCAAUAACACUGGCCGAAAGUAAGGCUCACUGUAACCACUUAUACCUGUUGUGCGGAAAAUAUGAAUCGAAUGCAGUGGCUCUGCAUCAGGCAUUGAACUGUAGUGACCGUGCCAUUGAGGCCUAUGAUGUUAUGUUGGCUUUGUUAGAAAGUCGUCUCGGAAUUUUGGAAGAUGCCAUAUCAGCUAAUGAAAGCAGGAAGGCAGCUGAAGCAGUCGCCAAACAUCUGCUCGAUCGUUUAGACAGCGAGAAAAAUUUGCAUGGCAACAGUCUGGGUCCAUGGCAAGAUGCUGUGGUCAUUUAUGCGAAUAGUUCGUCGAAUACAGUGCCAUGGACGGAUGAAGAUGACACGCGGUUACGCGGCCAUGUAUCAAAAUUAAAAGGUCAAAGAGCCUCAAUACAAAACACUGUUGUUACACUAGAGUCACCAUUCUGCGGCGAUGAAGAGAAAAACGUUAACGAUGAACUGUCGCAGAUGACGAAUAGGCGAAUGGAUCUGGAGACAGCUGUUCUAAUGCAGGAAUUGAUGAGUAUGCGUGAAGAACUAAGCGAAUUCAAAUUUCGAGCUGAACAAGCCGAACGGGAAAAGAACAAUACCAUUGGUAGAUUGAGUGUGAUGCAAGAGGCACUCCUACAUCUGCAAGCUCAAUUAGCUGACUCGGAGGCUCUUCUAUCGAUGAACAAUAAGGAUCGUACGUCGUACACGGAAGCCGAACAUACUGCUGGCAUUGAAAGAGAAUUGGUGGAGGCAUUGGCUCGAGAAUCUCGAUUGAAGGCUCGUUUACAGGGACUAGCUGGAUCAUUGGAAGCAGCCACCAAAUCGUCGGAGGAGAAAUACAUUCAAGUACAAAAUACCGUUUCUGAACUGAAGCAAAAGGAAAAAUCAUUAACCCAGUCGUUGGACCGGUGCAAACGGAAAUAUCAAACCCGUUUGCGUAAAUUGGAACAACAGAUGCUUGAAUUAUCACUGAAGAAAGGUAGCCAAAGCCCACUGAAACUAGUACCCGAAACUACAUUGUAAAUUCAGAUGCCAUAUAAUAAGGUACAGUAGAUCACCGAUUUGUUUACUAAUUAAUGUUCUUGUCUGAGCCGAUGGCAAGGGUUGCGAUGACACAAGUAACAAAAGAUGCUCAUUGACGUUACUAGUUUAUGAGAGUUAGAAUGGUUGAAUUGAAAUGAUUGCUUGUGUUAUAUUGACUGUGGAUGUUAGGAGCCAUUCAUAAAGUGCGCACGCAGUGUGCGGUCAUUUUUUGACCCCCUCCCCCCCGUUUCGCACGCGAUUUUCCAUAUAAAACGUUCAAAUUUCAGACUCCCCCUCCCCCCUUAAGUGCGUGCGCACUAUUUGAAUGGCCCCUUAGGUGAGUCCGAGUCGACUGUUCGAUUGCUUGAAGUUCAGUCACAACUCUUUCCAUUGGUUAAAUUAGAAGCGAAUUAGAGGCACAGAACCGUAAUUUAUAACUAAAAGGCAAAUCAUCUUCGUUUACCUUUUUUGUUUUAUUUAGUUGAGCGUUGACUCAGUUUGUAAAACGAUAAGACGCUGUUUAUUGAACCUAGUCUAUAGUUAUUUUAGAAAAUAAAAGAAAAAUAUUUCAAAGCAAAGUAAAAAAAAAGAAAAUAUGUGAAAGUGAAGCCUGAGAAAUUAAUAAUUAAUGAAAAACAAAGAAAAUGAAGACAAAGAAAACGUUCAGCGAAUCUUUACUGUUGGGAGACAAGAAAAAAAUGCGUACCUCAAUUGAGUAAUUAAGAAAAUACAAAUUCAAGUGGCUGAAUAGUUGUCUUUCUUUCCUAAAUUUUAUUCGAUAAUAACAGCCUUUACGCUACGGAAAUAUUAUAGUCAAUGUUGCCUGCACAGAACUUAAAAUAUUUGCGAUGUUAUUUAACGUGAGUGAUUGUGCCAUGUUAAAAUUUAAUAAUUCGAAACAUUAAAAGUAAAAUAAUUACGUAGAGAAGAGAGAUGGAAAGGCAGUAUGUCACAAAAUUGGCUCGGAGUUUUUGUUUUUAGAAAAUCAGUUUGCUUAACGGGUACUACUGAAACCAUUUAAUGUUCCAGUUGCUCGUUAGAAGAAGAAUUGCCACGGCCGGGCAGUGGACAAUUUUUUUUUUAAUUUUACCCGCACGAAAUUUUGCAUGAAGAAAUCAAAAACUCAAGAAGAACACAGAAACUGAAAAUGUGUCGAUUUUCAAAAUUCCGUUCGUGAACAAAAAAGAUUUUUGACAAAGCUCGGAAUAGAUCGAUUGCGGUCCCGAACCUGAUCAAUCCAAACCUGACCCGAAAUUUUCAAACCGGAAACCUGACCUCGCACCUUUGUGCUGAUUAUAUUCAGGUUUCAUGUUAGUCCGACUGUUGGUUCAAAAUAUUUGGUCGAAAAUCCAUUGCUACGUGCCACUAACCAGCUGGGGCGUAAAUGUUUUUUAAGGAAAUUUUCAAAUUAGCCUUUUGUUCUCUGAUUUCGGUUUUAAAAAAAUGAUUUUUUUUUAAGUUUCAGCCAUGGGAUGGCCUCAAAAAUCACCAAAUUCGGUUUUUCGGUCAUAUCUUCCGAACCGUUGAUCGGAUUGAAUUUAAUCUGCAGCUCAAAAGAUCAGAAAUAAACCAAGUUUCGGGGAACAAAUUUUUUUCAUUAAAAUCACCCUUUAGUGAUGUUGUGAUCGAUAUAAAACGAAACGUCAGCAAGAAAAGAAAUUUCAACUGGAGCGAGCAAUCAAGUAAUUUUAUCGACGACUCCGCUCAGUUCAUAAAUUACAAUGUCAAAAGGACCUUUGAAUUCACGUAUUGUCCCGCGAGAAUCUUUUUUUGAUUUGACGGAGAUCUGGAAUUGAAAAUUUUCUAGAACCAAUAGCAAAAUUGUCUUUCUGACUUCAUUUUCGAUCACAAAUCAUGCGUUCGAAGUCCAAAUCCUAGCUUUUUGCUGUAUGAUUUUAUCUGUUUUGACCAAUUCACACUACAGACAUUUCAGGGCAAAGGGAUGACGGAGUCGGAGAGAAAACUGCAAUAAAUGAUUGUGACAAUACUUAUAUCAUCAGUCAGAUCACUGUAAAUAAUACAAAAUAGGAAGCAAGUGAGCACGGAAGGUCGUACAGGUGAAAAAAAAGUGGAUACAUGUUUUCUGAUAUUAGAGUUUUUUAUGGUUUAUAUGUAUUUUCAAUCCACAAAUUUUGUUAGUAAAUGAAAACCUAGAUUCUUACGUUUCGUCAUUUCGUUCCGAGUCAUGUGUUUUGUAUGUAACAAAAAAUCAUAAAAUUUUAGGCUUUCUUUUGUUAAACAAAAUACAUGUGAAUUACAAAUGAAAUGAAAACAUAAACCACCUAUAACUCCCAAAUCAGAAAUAUGGCUCUUUUCACUCUAUUCUUUGACUGUAUUCAAAAAGAAUUUAUUAUUUCCUAACAAAAACUUCGAGCAGACAUUGUGAGUUUCUACCGUUUCUUUCGUUUAUUAGUUUUCUUUCUGUUAAAUUAAUAUCGAUUGAAAUAUAACUUAGAACAAAUUUAAUUAUGCCCACUGUAUAUGCACCAAUUAAGUUGUUAGUUGUUAGAUUUAAACAUGAAAGAAAUCAUCGUUAUUUUUCUAUUUUAGUUAGUCAAAA